AUGUCUCGCGCAACGUCAGACGAUCAAUUGAGGUUCCUCUUGAGCUGUGUCAAACAUGCCACCAACGGAAGGGUUGAUUUUGUGGAAGUUGCCAAAGAAUGUGGUGUAGUCAGCAAAGGAGCGGCAGCCAAACGAUAUGAGAGACUCAUGAAGGCCAAUGGCAUCAGUUCCCCCAGUGGUUCUGCACUCAGCUCGGCCCCGAAGACCACACAGUCCAAGCAAAAGGCGAGGAGCUCAGACGAAAACCCUCCGACUGCGAAGAAACAGAAACUGGAGAGAAACAGCACUCCCCGCACAUCGAAGAGGGCCGAAGACAGUCCCAGGUCGACCACGGUGGCCAUAGCCAAUCCACGAGAUGAUGCCUGUGAACCUACACCGCCAAAGUUUGAAGCAUUAGCAUUGAAUGACCGUACACGACGUACCCUUUCUGGUCCACCUAGCAUGCUACAACUGUCUCUCCCCUCUGCCAUGUUUGUUCCCAGCAAUUCUGUGGCUCAAGGCGUCCCAUAUCCGGCACGGCAACGAUCGCCAUUUGUUGGGUACCCGACAAUCGCAGAUGCCGUUGGCCACCAGCUGGUCCCAGAUGUCCCUUUCUAUCCUCCUUUUCCGCCAGCAUUCAGAGAGCCGUGGACAUUCACAGGCCAGGAAAACGCCAACGCCAGCAGUGGUUUUGAGAUGUUUAGCCACCAAGACUACGCCAGCCGACAAAGUCAGGGCGUCCAGCCUCCUUUUUUAGACGAGGCAAUGCCGAUGAGACUUCCGCCUCAGCCACAGGAGGUCGUGCCGAUUCACCAGCCAAGUGAGCAUCUGCCAGAAGAGGGAGACAGUGCCUCAAAGUCCAAGGGCCAUGUUGUCGUCGUGGAGUGA